AGAUGUGGUCCAGUCCUAUUAUAAUUUACCAAUGGUGUAACGCAGUAGUACUACCCUCAUUUUACUUACCAACCAGUAACCUCACCAUUCCCCUCCAUUUUUUCACCUCUUCCAAAACCCUUGCGCCGCUUUUUUUCUUUUUUUUAAAUUUUUUUUUUCUUUUUUUUACCAUUUCAUGGACCUCUUCGCCGCCGACCACUUCCCCGUCCCCGACCACGUCGCUCCAUUUCCCGAUUCCGGCGACCUCCUCUUCGCCGCCGACCCCCUCUCCCACCGCCACAACCCCCAGAAGCUCCGCCCCAUCAGGUCCCUCCCCGCCACCAACCCUCCUCCUCCACCGCACGAUCCGAUUCCUUCCGGGUCGGGUCACGCCCCGCCUCACGAAUCUCGCUCAUCUUUGGAUGCUGCGGAUGAAGAUGAGGAUGAUGACAAUUCAUCAGCAAGUAGUGAAGCACUCGGCUCUAGAAAGAGGAGGAGAAAGACAGAGCGAAAGCUUGAAGGUUUUGUGAAGAAUUUGGUGACAAAGGUGAUGGAAAAGCAAGAGCUGAUGCACAGACAGUUAGUGGAAAUGAUAGAGAACAAGGAAAGGGAAAGGAUAAAGAGAGAAGAAGCUUGGAAACACGAGGAGAUGGAGAGAAUCAGAAAAGAUGAAGAAGCUAGAGCCCAAGAGAGGUCCCGCAAUUUGGCCCUCAUAUCCUUCAUUCAGAAUCUGUUGGGCCAUGAAAUUCAGAUCCCCCAACCAGUAGAAGAAGCAUGCGGCAAAAGAGAAGAGGAUGAAGUUGAGGUGAAUGCACAAAAGGAUUUGAAUAAUGACUCAAGUAACAACAGAUGGCCUGAUGUUGAAGUGCAAUCACUGAUCACUGUGAGAACUUCAUUGGAGCACAAGGUUCGUCUAAUGGGGUCCAAAGGGUCAAUAUGGGAGGAGAUAUCUGAAGCAAUGCAUGGCAUGGGAUACAAUCGCUCUGCAAAGAAGUGUAAGGAGAAGUGGGAAAACAUCAACAAGUACUAUAAAAGGACAGUAGGGAGUGGCAAGAAAAGGCGUCUCAAUAGUAAAACUUGCCCUUACUUUGAUGAGUUGGACACUCUGUAUAGAAACGGGCCUCUAAGUAUUGGAAACGCCUCAAGCAAUACCAGUGAUGUUCCCCAGAUUGAAGAAAAGGAGUAGAGUGAAACUUGAAUACUAGUUCUUCAUAGUCAUAAAUACGGCUUAUGUAAAAUUUAGUUCACUUCAGCAUUUAUUUAUUUAGUCAUUCUUCUUUUGAA